GAGCGCAGCGCAGACAGGAACAGCUGAAAAAGAACAACAAAGCCACGACGACGGCGACGACCACCGCACAAACAACACAUGUUCACCCAAAAUACACGGCACUAAAUCGGUGACACCGUCGCGGGUGGGAUCGUUGGUCGCCACAAAAUCCAGUUCGAGAAGCCUUUGUUGAUCACUUCCUUGUUGGGCUCCUUGAACAAUGGGGCGUAUCUUCUUGGACCACAUUGGCGGGACACGCCUCUUCUCCUGUGCCAACUGUGAUACUAUCCUGACUAAUAGGUCUGAGCUCAUCUCUACUCGCUUCACAGGAGCCACGGGCAGAGCGUUUCUCUUCAACAAGGUGGUGAACCUCCAGUAUAGCGAGGUGCAGGACAGAGUGAUGCUUACUGGCAGGCACAUGGUGAGGGACGUCAGCUGCAAGAACUGCAAUAGCAAGCUGGGUUGGAUCUAUGAGUUUGCUACCGAGGACAGCCAGCGAUACAAGGAGGGCCGUGUCAUCCUGGAGAGGGCGCUGGUCAGGGAGAGCGAGGGCUUCGAAGAGCAUGUCCCUUCAGACAACUCAUGAGCCCAGCCUUGGAUUAACUCGUCACUCCCAUGUCCUCCUUUCCUUCUCCUUUAUCUGCUCCGCUGCACACAGCCAUCUGCAGACUUAGUGGUCAGUGAAGUCUUCACUUCACCUCACCCCCCAAAUCCUCGGCCUGUAACCUUUGACCUUUGCUGAUUGGAAGAUUGAUUGGCUGGAUCUAUUCUUACUGAAUAGGCUUCCUCAAAAUACCUCCUGAUUUAUCUCUCACAGGGCACCCCCCAAAACAGCUGGGGACACAGCUAGGGAGUUCACUUGCUCAAGUGUCCAUGCACGCUCACACAGAACUCUGAACACUGUUGCACAUGGCAUGCUCCACACCCUUUCACAUCUAUUUAAAUGCAUGCAUAAUAGUCGACAUGGUCAACCACACAAGAAAUUACAUCAUUGUUUUUAGAUAGCCGGAGACAUUAAAACAAAAAUAGUGUAUGUCCAGCAUCGAGACAUGGGCAAAGCAACUAGCCCACUCUACACCACACUGUUAGCUAACAUGGAGAUGUUGUCCUAGUCGUACUGCUUUUGUUGGGCGUGUGGUCCUGUAUUGUGAGUUUUGUUCCAAUGUGAGUAUUUGUCAUUGGUGAGCAUUGGAUGCUGUUAUUACCAUGAUAGCUAUUAUUUCCAUAUCAGUUACCAUUCUUACUUGGUAGUGUAAUGUAAAGGAAUGUGGUAUUGUUUAAACCUAUGUUCUCUUCCACAUGAUACAGUGUGAAAUACACCGGUUCAAGUCAUAUUCAAACAUUCAUUGUAUUUGAUGAUGGAAGGAGUUUCAGUUUUAGAUAUGGUUGCCAUGAUUGUGUUCAUUUUGAUUUACAUGACUUUAGUGAAAUGGCUUAAUUUUGCCAUUAGUACAGUUAAAACUCAGAGUGUGGAAUUGAUCUCCAGUGCAAUCUGUGCGUCCCAUGAUUUCAUACAGUCUCCAUCUGUCAGCAUGGAUGCUAUGCUUAUGUGCGUGUGCAAUGUGAGGAGGGAUAUUAGCAGGAUCAUGUACCUUCCAGCCAUGUCUCCUCAGUGUAAGGAGAGGGAUAUUUUUGAGCCGAGAUGUAGACAUUCUCAUUCUCUGGCUGUCUGCUGCCUUUAGGCACAUUUGGUCUUAAGAUGAACUGUUCCUUCUAACACAAAGCCAGCUGAAAUGGAGUAGGAACUCUUUUAGUAUAACUGUUUCUCCUCUUCUGACUAGGUCAGAGCCUCCCUCUCAGAUCCUCAGUGUCCUGCGAUGAUGUCAUUCAAAAUGUCAGAUUGCAAUCCAAAGCAAAAAGCCAAAUGAUUGCGCUUCACUUGACACCCAGGCAUUUUGGCCAUUUUGUAAUGUAUUUUUUGGCUGAGCUAAAGGCACAGCAGAAUACAUGGCCAAUACAAGGUUAAACAUAGUUCAACAUUUAGGUGCGCAUGCCUGGACUCAUGGCCAAAGUGGCCCAGUCAUCACUGGGGACAUCCAGUCCUGUUAAUAGUUUGGCUUGGCUUUUAAAGAGUCAUGAAAUAUUCUGUUCAAGCAAGACCAUGCCAGCUGUCAAUUACACAAAAAAGUCAACCUAGCAAUACAAGGCUUCUACAGGACACCGCAUCCUCAUACCCAAGUCAGUGUGCAGUUGAUGAACAUGACAGAGUAUCAUUAUCAUUUAUUGUUCAAUUUUAUCAUUUUAUUGAUAGGCUGUUUGUUAUUGGAUUACUAUUAGUAUGAUUAUUAUUUUAUUUACUGAUUUGUUUAUCUUAUUCUAUAUAUUUUGCUCAAUAUGAGGUUUGAAAAAAGUGUUUUUCCUCUUUUGGCUCUAGCAGGAUUUCCUUUGUUGUGAUUCAUGAAUAAAGAUGUAGUCUUGCUGAGAA